AGCUCAGUCAGUUCUCUCUGGGCACCAAGACUCUCAUCAUCACACGCACUCCCCAAAAAACUCUCUCUCAUCACCACCAAGCAAGCAAGCAACCCAUCUCAAUAAAUUCCGGCGAGUGUGUUUUGUUGAGAACCGACUGACAAUUAUUAAGAGGAAAACUCUAAUAACCUGUCCAUUAUAAGACCAGAAUAAUUUCAAACUUAAGGGCAACGAAUUAACCACCGCUCUGGUUUCUGCCUGUAUCCGUGCUGUACUCUUACUUGUGGUUACAAAGCAAUGCCACAUUUUGUCACGAAACUUUUACAAGAGAGCUAUACUGACAAAAUCUUCAGUCGGGAGUGAACCCGACCCAUGCAGGUGGUCGUCAUGGAGAAGCAAGAAGAGGAUAUAUAUAAAAGUGACGCCUAAAAUAUCAAAUUGAACAACAAGCAGUGGAAAUCGGUCGGGUGCUGCUCAAUCAAUUGAGUGGUUUUUCCUUUUCGCUAAUUACUUGAGAGAACGAGUGCAGUUUCUCCUUGCUGACAGAUAUAAAGCAAGGAACAAAAAGUGUAAUUGUGUGAUAAUUGUUGAAGGACACUGCACUGAAUUUUACUUGUGGGACGAAAGUGGUCAUAAUUGUUGAAAGGAAAAAGCUAUUUUUAUGGGAAAUGAUGUGUGAUGUUGGACAGACUGGAGGGUUUCUACAUUUUAGCUGAAGAUGCUGAUGUGAUUUCGAAGGAGAGAAAUAGAAGAGAGAGAGAGGAUUGGAGCGGAAAGGAGGUAGCUGUAUAUAUAAUUCCAUGAGCAAAAUGAUGUUGACGGAUCAGUGACUUUAUCCACUAGCUAAGGAAAGUUUUAUGAGUCGAGUUUGGUGUGUGCAAUGCAAUGUGUCAGGAUGAGUUGUGGUGAAGUGAAGAAGUGUUGCAAUACAAAUCAACAUCAAUAAUGGAAUCAAAAGAGUGACACUGAAAAUAAGGUUGCCCAGAAGUGAAGACUGAAGUGAUCUCACUCUCGAGCGUGGCGAACGCUGCCAGCAUGACAUCGACGACCUCAGGUAUGAGUAAAGAUCAAAGUGGUUCCUCCUCCUCCAGCAGUGGUGGACCGGGAGGAGGAUCUGGGACAAGCAGUAACAUUUCCGGAAGAAGUGGAGCGACAGCGACAGACAGCUUACGGCAACACUUGCAAGGGAAACUUCAAGCCAAGGCUGGAAACAACUCGUCAUCAUCAACUUCUUCCUCAUCAUCGCCACCACAACCAUUGCAUCCCACGUUACCCUCGUCAUCAUCAUUGGGACCAAAUAAUUCAUAUUCGUCUAAAUCUGAUAAUCCUUUGUCGAAAGCAAAGAGUCCAAAUCAGAAGCGAAGUCGUUCAGAUAAAAGUCAAAAGUCCACAUCCUCUUCCAAACAUACCAAGGGGACAAAGGAGAAGGAAAAGUCAGGAUUUUCCCAAUCAAUAAAACCUCAAAGUCCUAAUCGUACUCAAAACUCGAAUAGCAGCACGACAACGACUACCUUGACUAUCCCUAGCAUUGGAGCAGGAGGAAAUGGAAAUGGUCAAUCCAAUGUUCGUGGUGUGAGGUUGGGCCCAGGCAAUAUUCCUGCUACUACAACUGCUGCUAAUGAUUUGCCCUCAAACGAGAUCACUAAUAGCUCAAGUGGAAGUAAUUAUGCACCUAGCUGUGGGAAAAGUAAUUCUGACUCUUUGAACAUUGGUGGUGGUGGUAGUAGUGGAAAUAGCAAUAAAUCAGUGCCAGACUGCUCCACAGUUGUGGUGGUGAAAAGUGGUGGUGGUGAUGCAAGUAGUGACGGUGCUACUGCGACGAGCCCUGCGACUCUGGACAAAGUGACUUGUUCGAUCAAAAAUGCAGAGACAACAAGCUCAUCAGUGUCCAUUGGGGAAGAUUCGGAGACAGUUGAGGAGAUAUCGAUUACCGAAAAAGGAAAGAAAGAGCCGGUCAGGGGACUAGCAUGGAAAGAAACCUCACAAGGCGUCUACAUUAGAUAUAAAAGUUUGGCUGAUGGAGUGGUCUACAAACCAGGAGAUGCUGUCUACAUUGAGAGUCAAAGAGCUGAUCUCCCCUUCUUCAUCUGCUCCAUUGUCGAAUUCAAACGGCACAAGCGAGAACGGGACACCUUGAUGGUCCACAUCAAGUGGUUUUACCGACCAUGUGAAGUUCCUGAAACCGUUUAUCAGCUUUUGAUUCAAGAUAGAACAGAACAUAGAACCUCAAGAACAAGUCUUGAAGCAUCUGCUAAUGGCUGCAAGUCCGAGAGCAUCGCUGAUCAGUUACCUGAGUUGAGUGGACGCGAGCUAUUCAUCUCUGACGCGACUGAUACAUACCCUGUCUCAGUUUUAAGGGGAUUGUGUCGUGUCGAACACGUCAACUGCAGCGAUUCUUCUCAUUUUGUAUCAUCCCUGGUGAAAUCUUUUAAACCUGGACCAGAUUGCUUCUUUUACGUUUUGGGAUAUAACCCGGAAACCCGUAGGCUGGCUUCCACGCAGGGCGAAAUACGGCUUGGACCGUCCCACCAAGCACGUCUUCCAGAACUGCAAAUCGGUACACAAGUAGACCCGAAAGAAUGGGAAGAUUUGCUUUGGAAACCGGGUGUGACCAACGAUGCAGACUUGGUGAUGUACUUGAGAGCCGCUCGCUCUAUGGCAGCAUUCGCAGGGAUGUGUAAUGGUGGAGAUCGAAUUAAUUCAGGUUUUGCCUCCACGGACGACGGUUAUCUAGCAGCAUCAAGAGACGAUAUUACUAUUAACGCACUUUGCAAGUUGCAUGAAAGUGGAUAUGAUCCUGGUAAAGCCCUACAAGUACUUGUCAAGUGCCCUGUCCCCAAAGGUAUUGACAAAAAAUGGUCAGAAGAUGAAACGAAACGUUUCGUGAAAGGACUUCGUCAAUUUGGAAAAAACUUUUUUCGAAUAAAGAAAGAAUUGCUUCCCAACAAAGAAACAGGAGAACUUAUUGAAUUCUACUAUCUUUGGAAAAAGACCCCAGCUGCCGCCCCUAGUCGUACCCAUAGACGUCAGCGACGUCAAAGUGUUCUUAGGAGAAUAAGAGCCCCAAGGAACGCCCGCAACAAGGAAGGGAAGGAAGACCCUGGCGAUCUAAGCUCAGCCAGUGAAGAAGACUCGGAAGACGACUCCGAUUUCAGCGGAUAUCAGUGUCGUUGCUGUCGUCAUUGUCAUCAAACACGGUCAAAGGAUUGGCAUCAUGCUGGGAAGGAUAAAAUUCUAUUAUGCACAGACUGUCGAAUUCACUUUAAAAAGUACGGAGAACUUCCUACCCUGGAUGGUACCAAAGACCAACCGUAUCUUUUCCGCCCAGUAGUUGCAAAUGAAGAAGAAGGCAGAGUCCGAACGCGUACCCGAACCAAAGAAUUGGUAAAUUCGCCCCCAAAUAAUGCUCGUAAUCGUCCUAAAAGAGGAAGUGGAACAAGCACGCCCGAACCAGAAAUGAAAAUUUCAGGUAGAAAAUCUCCUGGUGCUGCCAGCAACACGUCAUCUUCGAGCGAUAAAAGCAAGAAUAAGUCUAAUGCUGCGAGUCCAGCACCCCGAGGGAGAAAACGAGGGAAGGACAGUGAAGAUGAGAAGUCAUCUAGGAAUAAGAAGCGCAAAGAAGAUCGCGGCGAGAGUCCAUCCUGCAGUUCCAUUGCCAGUUCAAUUGAUGAAGACAACGAAGUUGAUACUGGCGAAUUGGAUGCUGAUAAUGACUUGGACAACGAGAAUGCUGACAUUGAAAACUCGAGUUCAAGAGCAUCUUCUCCUAACCCUGACCACGAUAGUGCUGGGAACUCUUUACCUGGAACUUCUGGGUCCCGCCGAGAUAGUGAGCUUUCGAUUUCGGCUAGGGCAAUAGAUAUAUCUGAAACAAACAAUAAGAAAUCUCCCAAACCUGAUUCCAUUCCCAACUCUGAGAGUGUAGAGGAAAGUGUUGAUUCCUCAAACUGUGAAUCUCAAACAAGUGCUGAUGUGAAAAAGAGUGAAAGUGUUAAUGAUUCUGCACGUUCAUCGUCAAUGCCAAAUAAUGAAGAUUCAUUAGACCUUAAGUACAUUAAAAUUGAGCCUUGUCAUGACUCUGUACUACCAAUUCCUCAGGAUGGUAUUAUUAAAAAUGAAGAGAGUGGAAUGUUGGAUGGUUUUGUUCGAGUGAAAGAAGAGUUUUCAGAGUCUGAUGCGCGGAAAAAUAGUUGCAAGGAUUCUACUGCCGUUUCUAAUAAAUCGCCACCGGAAGAUUUAAAAUUGAGUAACUCGAAUAGUUCAGCAUCGUCCACAACUGAUGCGAGAAACUAUGCGGAAUCUAAUGGAGUUGCCGUUGUUAAGGAUGAGAAGUCGGCUGGUAGUAGGCCGAGUCAUCUAAGUUUGGGAAUAUAUGGAUCUUCAAAUGGAAAUGCAGCAUCAUCGACAGCUACUACAGGUGGUGUUGAAAGUGGUGAAUUCUCAAGUCUGCCCAUGGAAUCUCCAUCUUCUGGUGGCCUUAUAACCAUAAAAUCGGAUAAGGCGUUGAUGUCGCCCAUAAUAGAAGAUCUCAAGCCAUCAACAAGUCAGUCCAUCAUAAAACCGCCUCCUUUCGGUGAUGAAGGCUCCACAUUAUCCACAGGACCCUUGGGGUCACUUCCCCCUUCUUCCAACAUGUUUGGCAAUUCUGCCGGACUUCAUAGUAGUUUUCACUUACCUUCUGGGAUAUCAGCUCCCAAAACAUCCCCACCAAGCCUCUUUCAAUCUGGUUUACCUCCAUCAGGUGCUCCCCCUCCGUUGGUUUCCCAACAAAACAACUCUACUGAUUCCGGAAGUAUAGACCGUGACCGUGAUCGCAUCUUGAACGAAAAGGAUGGUCCGCCGCCACCGGCACCACCACCACCACCACCAGAAUCUUCGCUGUAUUCUAGUCCACUAUCACGGUUUUAUGCUCCGCAGCAUCCAGGGCUCGGGCACUAUCCAUUCGUUCCACACCAUUUUCCGCCACACCCACACAAUGUUGUAUCUGAAAGUGCUUCUUCUAUAAACGUCCCACAACCUGUAAUAGGAGAUAUGAAACCUGCCGAAGUAAUGCCAAAUCCUCUACAAUCUCUCAGGGAAGUUAAAGUUCCUGGAUAUCCCACAUUCGAUGCUCCUCCACUCACAGUAAAUCCUCCUUUGGGGGCUGGCACCCCUCAGACGACAUCGUCUUCCUCCUCCUCCUCCACGUCGCCAUUCCCUGGUUCACACUCGUCAGACAAACCACUUAAACAACAACGAGAUAGUGAACGAGAGCUUCUUUCUGAUAGAAGAAAUUCUGUGGGAGUUGACGGAGGGGAUCAUCGAGACAGAGAUAAUAAUCGAGAUAAUAAUAAUCGUGAUCGCGAUCGAGAAAAAGAUCGCGAUCGCGACAAGAAUCGUAGUCCAAAAGUCAUCUCUGGACAACACCAACCAGGUUCAUCCUCUUCUAUUGGACCUCCUUCUGUAACAACUAUGGCCUCAAAUACAAUGACCACUCCUGCCGGACUUGGGCCAAUUCCACAUCCGAAUGUUCAUCCGCUUGCCCAAGGAUCUCCAUUUCCUGGAGCUUUCCAUCCACAUCCUCAUGCUCAUCCCUUGUAUCACUACAACCCAUAUCCUUACUUUAGCCCUUACCAGUUUUCACCGUACCCACCUGGCCCUCAACUAGGUCCAGGACCUAGAAUGCCCAUUUCGAAUGCACCUCAGCCACCGGUGGCACGGCCAGCGUCUCCAGCUAAUCACCCAUCCAACUCUGGGAAACCCAAUAUGAGUGAUGUUUCUCCCGGCUCUCAUCAUUCCUCCUCCCACCACUCGAAUAAGUCGUCGAGCUCAAACAAGCACUCGAGUUCCAGAGACUCGUCAAGUCAUUCUCAUAACCAGCACCAACAUUCGUCACAUGGAAGAUCUUCGAGUUUAGCUUCAACGGAUACGAAUGAUACAGAUAAUCAUGAUAAUGAAGAUGGAGACGAUGUUCCGAGUCAUGGAGUUCCCCGUGGUCCUAGCCCAGAACCUAAAGUUGAGGAUUCUGAAUGCCACAGAAGUCAAAGUGCAAUAUUUCUAAGACAUUGGAACCGUGGAGAUUUUAAUUCUUGCGCCAGGACUGACCUUACCUUUAAACCUGUCCCAGACUCUAAACUUGCUCGUAAACGGGAAGAAAGAUUGAGGAAACAGGCAGAGAAGGAUAGGGAAGAACGGGAGCGAGCAGCUCAAGCAAGAAAGCAAGUAUCCGGUACUCCUGAAAGAGAAAAGCGAGAAACUCCUAAACCUGGCAGCAGCUUACAACAAGGCAUGGGUGCACCUGGAGGAGGAGGCAUGGAAGGCAUGAACUCUCCAUUUGAAAGAUUUACCCCUCGUCCUGGUGCGUUUGGUGACACUCCAGCUUUGCGACAAUUGAGCGAAUAUGCUCGCCCCCAUACUGGAUUUAGUCCUGGUGGAGGAAUGCGACCUGGCGGUGGCAUGCUCCCUCCUCACCUUGAUCCAAUGCUAAGUGGUCCUUAUCAAAUGGGUUUGUAUGGACAAGCAGCUGCUCGUGAAAGAAUGGAGAUAGAAGCGUUAGAAAAGAGAGAGCGAGAGAUUAGAGAAAUCAGGGAACGCGAGUUGUCAGAUCGUCUCAAAGAAGAGUUCCUUAGAAAUAUUCCUGGAAAUGGAGGUAACGGAGGUGCUCACGGGGGAGGAGUUCCAGGUGGUCCUCCAGGCGGCCAAAGAAUGCCUAACCCUUUGGAUCCGCACUGGCUUGAUGUUCAUCGAAGAUUUGGUGCUCUCGGUCCGCAGUUACAUCAAGCUGGAUUUGGUCUUUACGCACCACAAGGUCCACCCAAUGCUCUCAGUCCAAUGGACAGAGAACGUCUUGGAAUUCCUACCUCUAUGGGUAUGCAAUUUGGUGAUCAACUAGUAGACCGAUUACAAGCUGAACGUAUGGCCAUGGACAUGAGACUUCAGAUGGCUGCGGGACAAAUUCCUUAUCCAGGAAUGGAUCCACUACUACAAGCCCAAGCUGCUGCUGCUGCUGGUGCUUAUCAAAGACAACCUACGCUUAUUCCACCUCGUGUAAACGACGCUGUUCUUGGAGUACAUCCCGAUCAUCUCUUAGGAAGGCCAUAUCCACCUGAACUAGCUCACCAUAUUUCAGCGCAUGAGCAGCUACAACGUCAGAUUAUGAUGGACCGGGACCGAUUUCCACAUCCUGGUCAUCCAGGAUUUUUAGCACAAGAAGAAUAUUUGCGGCAGCAACAAAGAGAGCGUGAGAUGAAAAUUAGAUCAUUGGAAGAGGCAGCUGCCGCAGCAGGCAGAAGACACUAAACUUAAAAAAGCAAAUGCAGAGAUCCACCCAUUUUUUGUAUUAUGAGCAACCACGAACAUUUGUUGUUUUAUCGUGUGCUUGGGAGCGUUUCUUGUGAUGAAACUUUCAAAAGUUUACCCUUCCGCUUUCAAAAAAAAUAAUACAGUAUUUAGUGACCAGAGAAUCGAACGUUAGUGCCAACAUUCUAAUAUAAAAUUAUAUUUUCUUUAGUUACAUUUUUGAUAUAAUUUUGAUAAGAACCUGCAAUUAUAUUGGCAAUAGUAUUUACAACAACAAUGUAAUGCAAUCUACAUACAUACAUAAUGAUGAUGCCCAGUUCCACUCAUAAUUAUAGUACUUACCGACCAGCGAAUGUGUAAUUUUGUAUGAUAUUUGACACAGUAAUUAUAUUACAUAUAAUCUAGAUGGACAAGGUAUUGUGGGAAACACCUUAAUUGUGUUUGUUGUGAGUACCUGUAGUGUCGAAUAAUGCAAAUUGUACUGUAAUUUGUGUUGUACAUAAGAUAGAGAAUGAUUUAACGUCAAAAGGAUUUAUAUAAUGGCUGAUGAUCUACUAAAUAAGUGUAACUUGUUAUUAUUGUUACUAUUAUUAUAUGACCUAUUUAUGUUAUUACAUUUAGUAGUUUAGAGUAGCUAACGUAGCAGUUUUACAACCAAACAACAACAAGAACAUAGUUUUUACUCUCGUAUAUUGGGAUAGGAAACCGGUAUUUUACACAAGUUUGAUUAAUUGCCUUACCGUACGGAAUAGUUCAAAGACGUAUUAAAGUCAUCUCACAAACCAUGUUUAAUCAGAUGCACUACCAGACCUCGAUUUUCUAUAAUAAUAAUUAUUAAAUCUGUUUUUCGAGUAUGAUGAUGAACUAAAAGUAUCUUGACGAUUAAAUACCAAAUAAAUACAUCAAAUGUAUAAUUGAAGGUAUUCAUUGCUAAAGUUAAUAUAUUCAUUUUGUUUGUUGAAAUAUGCGACAAAUAAAAUAUCACUUUGAACAAUGCA